AUGCGACAUGGAGUUGGCCAGACCAGUGAUUCACCAGAGCACAUUUUGUCUUCAGCAGCCUACCUGGGAGAUAUCUCACUGGUUGAGCAUCUGCUGGUACAGGGUGUGGAUGUUAAUGUUAGAAGUAACAUAUUUGGCUUUCCAUUACAAAAUGCUGCCUCAAAAGGCCAUUUGGAACUUGUUCAGUUUCUGCUUAACAAAGGAGCAGAUGCUGGGGGUGGGAGCUGGCCCCAAACUGAAGAAGGUCAACAGGCAGUGGAAAAGAAACAUGGAAAAGAGGAUAUUGACCAAUGUCUCUGUCUCCCUGACUUCUACCAGCCAGCUCUUACUCCCAUUGAAGCAGCAGCUAAAGGGGGCCAUAAAGAGAUACUCCAACUCCUUCUACAACCAAAGUUUCACAUCUCACGAUCAAGUUAUACCUAUCGAAGAGCAAUUGUGCUUGCAGCUGAGGGGGGAGAUGCCGAUCUUUUAGAGAUGCUUGCUGUGACUGCUGAUUACAGCACUCUCUCAGAGAGAUCACUUCUAGAGCUAUGGAACUGUACACUUCGGCAUGCUGCACUGCAUGGCAAAACAGAGACCAUUUCCCUACCACUGGAAAAGGGUGCGCAGAUUAAUCAUGAAUAUCAUGAUUUUGCAUAUUCUACACCAUUGGGAUUUGCUUCUCAUAAUGGGCAUGACCAAAUGAUUUUGUUGUUACUGCAAAGAGGAGCUGAUAUUAAUGGUGGAUGGGAAGAUCCUCUUUUUUCAGCUACCUGGAACGGCUUUGCCCACACUGUGGAGUUGCUUCUAGACCAGGGAGCUGAUACUCAUCAUGUUCAAUCUCGGUGUUUAGAAAAGGCAGCUGAGUAUGGAGAAGCAGAUGUUGUUCGGCUUUUCUUAGAGAGAGGUAUACAUCAGGCUCCUGAUUAUCUCAGUGAAGGGAAAUCUGCAUUGAAAUGGGCGAAGUCUACUAGCCACGAGCGUGUUGUGAGAGUUCUUAGAGAAUUUGGGAUUGCUGAAGAUACAAGUACGAAUUGACAGGGUGUGUCAGGCAUAAUCAGGAUAAUGG